AUGGCCGGCCGUCAAGGCAAGCCCGAUGAGGAGCUCUUCUUCUCUCGGCCUUCAAACGGAGAGGACAGCCCAACUGUCGAACCUCUGAGAAUAUCCAAGCCAACCAGCCCCAAACCUCGAGCAGACUCAGCUGCUUCAGGACGAGUCAACUAUCCGGCCCCGACCAGCAAACACAGCUUCCCCCUACCUCCCGGCGCAUCGAGUUCAGCAAGUCCUCUGCCUUACCCUGAUGACGACGAUAUCUAUACUCGACCUUCGGAAACACGAAAGCACAAAGCUCCAUACCCUGAAGAUCCUAAACCAUCUUCGGGCAGAUCAGGUUCGGGGAGCCAGGGUAGACCAGCCAGUAGUGGCAGGACGGCUUCCAACGAUAGCACAUCAAGGCUGAACACAAGUCCCCUUGACAAAAGAGGCCCAGGUCUCGCAGAGCGUCGAGGCACUGCUCCAAAACCUCUCCCAGAAUCUCCCGGUCCAGAUCUACCGGACAAGGAAGGACUGUUUGCAAAACAGCCCAAAAGAGAUCCUAAGCCUACUGCCGCCGCAUCACGUCCGUCUCAAUCGACCACUCCUUCAUAUCCCGAAUUUCGCCAACAAUAUUAUCCACCACCAGUUCCAGGCGCAGUUGAGCUUAAUGGGGCAUCAUCAGAAAACCCAAAUCUGAUCGCCCCCAGCGCCAUGAACCGAUUCGCUUCUACAGCUUCGACCUCGACUACUCGAGCUACAAGAGGAUCACCACCUCCCCCAGAGACCCCGAUCGUGGGCCCUGGGGAACAGGCUGGUGGCGGAAUCGAAGCAAGAUAUGCUGCAGCUGGAAUAUCAGGAACUGCUACCUUAAGUAGCCUGCAGGCACAGAAUGCGGCAGCCGCGCAAAGGCAGAAUCAGUAUGGACCUCCACCCGUCCCGCAGCUUCCACAAUCUCCUGGUCUUAUCCCAGUCCAGCAUCAGAGCAUUCCCAGACCUUGGACACCGACGGAGUCGCCGGACAACCAGCCUCAUGGUCCGCCUACUGUGUAUCAAGGGCCGAACCAAGUGACAAGUUCCCCGCCUCCGGGGCAGCAACAAGGUAGGCCGAAUUCGGGAAGUCAGCCAAACACACUGGAGCAAGACUUCCAGCGUAUGCAAAUGUCACCGUCUCCUCCUCCAGCUUAUUCUAGUGUAACUCCAGGCAGCACAGGAGCCACUCAAACAUACCCAAAUGAGAAAGGCCGCGCUGGCAGCGUGCCAGCUGCUAUCAACACGGCGCCCAAGCCAAAUAUUGCCUCCCCGCUCACAUCUCCAGCUCUGCAACAUCCGGGUCAUCCUGCCUUUGCCAACGACCCGCGAGAAGAAGCAUCAAACACUCAACAGGCGGCCGCACAGGCAGCUCCUGUCCAGCAGUUUGCGAACUCGUCACCUUUUCAAGGUGCCGGCCCGAGCUCACCACCUCCACUUCCAGAAGGUUGGAUUGCUCAUCUGGACCAGAAUUCUGGACAGUACUAUUAUAUACAUCUCCCUACUCAAGCUACGCAGUGGGAGUUUCCAAAGGGUCCAACCCCUCUGAACCACCCAGAUACAGUCCCAUUAUCUCCCACUGUAUCAACAUACGGAAACCCUCUCGCCUCGCCAGGAUUCAGUGCUUUUGGCAAGACCCCUCUUGGAUCACCUGGCUUCCCACCUCACACGCCAGGUUAUGCAGAGAGUAUUAUGAGCAUGACAUCUCAAACGCCUACCGCUGCAGGAUUCUCCGGCCCACCCCCAAGUGCCGGAGUUGAUAUGUACAAGAUUGCUCCUACCAACGGAGUCUACUUUGGUCCGUAUUUGCGUUAUGUGAACAUGGAUAUGGAGAGAGGCAUUUGGCUGGGAACGAUAAUGUUGGUAACUGAUGCUCCGCAACCACCGACCAUUCACAUUCACCAAAGUGUUGAUUUGUCUCCAAAUCCUCGCCAAUUAAAGCCAAGCCCGAUUUUCACACAUCAGCGGUGGACAUUUUACCGAUACGAUGUCGACUUGCAAAUGGGCGAGGGACCAAGUGACAAGUGGACUUACGCAAUCACCUCGCAUUUGGGAUGUACGCGGUACGAAUUCUUAGUAGCUGGCCGCCAUGAGACCAAUUGGAGGUUCAUAGCCCAUUCUGGGAACGACUUCGCCAUGAAUACCAGCGUCAACGAGCGCUCCAAACUCGGCGGUAUUGGAUUUAUGUGGAAGGACAUCUUGCAAAAGAACGUAGAGUGUGGCGGUUUCCAUGUGCAGUUGGGUCUAGGUGAUCAGAUCUAUGGGGACAGAUUAUGGAAAGAAAUCCCGCUGCUGAAGCAAUGGCUAGCGAUGAGUGGGAAGGAUAAUCGUAAGACUGCAGCUUGGACAGCGAGACAUGAAGAAGAUGUCUCACACGCGUAUUUUCAUUAUUACACCAGCCACUUUGAUCAGCCGUAUCUGAGAGAGGCAUUUGCUCAGAUUCCCCACAUUCUCCAAAUUGAUGAUCAUGACAUUUUUGACGGCUUCGGUUCAUAUCCCGAAUACAUGCAAUCGUCCAAUAUGUUCAAGAACAUUGGACGAGUUGGAAUCGAGAUGUAUCUUUUGUUCCAACAUCACACGACCCUCGAGAUCCUCAGGAAUGUCAGCUCUGACACUGACCUUUUCACAAUCACCGGAUCAGGCUGGCACUUUGUCAAAUAUCUUGGUCCUGCAGUCGUGGUAGUAGGACCGGAUUGCCGCUCCGAACGUAACCAGCGCCAGGUUUUAGCAGGACCAACAUAUCAAGGCAUAUUCCCGAAAGUAGCAACCCUGCCACCUAGUGUUCAGCACUGUAUCUGGAUGAUUUCGGUUCCGGUUGUCUAUCCACGCCUCGACACUGUCGAAAGCAUUGCUCACACCAUUACCACUGCUAAGAAGGGCGUAACUGGAACUUACAACCUACUCGGGAAAGUCACAAGUUCCGUUGCUGGUGUGGUUGGCGGUAGGGAUGCGGUCCAGUCUGGAUUCACAUCGGUCAAGAAAGCGGUUGGGAAGUCCGGCUUGAUGGGCGGUGUCCUGAAUACCUUUGGAGAUAUUGACAUCGCUGAUGAGCUGAGAGACAUGUGGACACAUGAAUCGAAAGACUUGGAAAGGACGUAUUUGAUCAGAACGCUGCAAGGGAUUGCAAACCAGAAGGGUAUUCGAAUGACCUUCUUAUCUGGAGAUGUCAAUUGCUGUGGUGCUGGUCUAGUCCAUGACCCAAGUCACCCGAGCGACCACAAGACUAUGUAUCAAGUGAUCUCAUCUGCAGUCGUAGCUGCUCCUCCACCAUCCUACGUCCUAAAAAUGCUUCACAACAACAAACCGCUCUACGUCCCGGCCAAUGGCCAAAAGACCACCAACCAAGUCUCCGAUACUAAGGAAGACAUGAUGGAGAUAUUCCAAACCGAUACCAAUGGUGGCCCACGCGAGAUGAAGAAGUUGAUGGGUAGGAGAAACUAUGCUGCCUUCGUUGCUUACGACCCCGAAGCUGUGCCCGGCACAACGUACUCUGCGAACUCACACAAUGGGCAGACGGGAUUGGCAAAGUUGAGUUUGGCGGUCGACUUCAUUGUGCAGGGAGACAGUGGGUUCGCUGCGCCGACCAAAUACGGCCCGGUCAUCAUUCCCAGUCUUGAAUUUGGGCGCUGA